AUGACGACCGCACACGAGUGGCAAGUCCUGAAGUUUCAGCCGUGGAACAGCGCGCCCGACGUGUCGUUCUGGCAGCGACUCACGUCACUUAAACUCGAUAAGUUCCAGCUCGACGACCAGGCGCAGGAACUUACUGGAUCCUUUACCCCUGGGAGAGACACAGAUCGUGCUCGUUAUGAGUGGCAAGCUCCUGGAGUGCUGUUCAAUACAAACACUCUCGAGGCUUUCAAAAAACUGGACAAGACCAUAAUCCUCCGGGAUGCCGGUGAGAGAAUCUUAGAUUUAAUACUCGGCACUGAUGACGGCAAUGACAACUUGGCAGUAGAACGCCUCAACAGCUUCGUGCUCAUCACUUUUGCGGACCUCAAGACCCAUUCGUUCCUCUACUGGUUUGGGUUCCCAGCCGUGGCCCCACCAACAUCUUUCCAGUAUCGAGCUCCACCAUUAUUGGUGUCCUCGGUCUUGUCCACUACCGCACAAGUUCAAGCCCUUCGUGCUUUAUUGAGUCUACGUCGCGUAAACGCUGAGACUGGUGCAGUCGAAGGCAACUUUGCACCUUUUUUCGUCGUGGAGCGUCUGAUUGAAAACGCGACGAGCGAGAAACUGGUGAGAGUUUUGACGGUCCAGAGCUGGAGAAGACGUGAUCGUAGCAACGAGGACGUGGUUGAGACGCUUUUUGGCUUCGUCGAUCCGUGUCCGCUGAAAACAAACCCCGGAUGGCCUCUACGCAAUUUCUUGGCGCUGCUCACUGCGCUUCCAGCUGGAAAGAUGGAUCGUUGCUCGCAAUCGUUGAAAGUCAUUUCUUUCCGUGAACACGUCCAUCAUCUGACGGAAGUACCGGACGACUUUGAGUGGAAGAACUCGGUCGUGUUUGAAGUCAGAAAUGAUCAGGCGUUCAUGGCAAAUGGUCGGUUGCGGCAAGAGGUACGCGUGGUGGGUUGGGAAGCCAACGUUCGCGGCAAACUGGGCCCACGAACGAUGGAGCUUAGUGGUAUCUUGAAUCCCAUUCGACUUGCGGAAACGUCAGUGGAUUUGAACCUGAAGCUGAUGAGAUGGCGCCAGCUGCCGUCACUUGACUUGGACUUACUUGCUCAGACCAAGUGCUUGUUAUUAGGAGCAGGAACGCUUGGUUGUUACACCGCAAGAUGUCUACUUUCAUGGGGAUUUCGCCACAUCACCUUUGUCGACAAUUCCACAGUGAGCCAUUCCAAUCCCGUCCGUCAGCCUUUAUUCGAGUUCCAAGACGUCGGGAAGCCCAAAGGCGAGUGUGCCGCUCAAGCGCUCAAGCGCAUUUUUCCGCUGGUCAACUCGCAAGCCGUGAAUCUUACAAUCCCAAUGGCGGGCCACGCAUUGAGUAGUUUGCAAUUGAUGGAAGAAGCGAAAAAUGGUCUUGAGACGCUGGAGCACUUGAUUGAUUCGCACGACGUCGUGUUCCUAGGAACGGAUUCCCGGGAGAGUCGAUGGCUUCCAACAGUAAUUGCUGCCUCGAAAAAGAAGCUCGUUCUUAACGCCGCACUCGGGUUCGACAGCUACUUGGUGAUGCGGCACGGUGUGUGCAUUGAAAGCGGCUACAAGGAUGCAGCAACGAAGCCAUCGCUAGGCUGCUACUUUUGCAACGAUAUCGUGAGUCCCCGUGACUCGUUGAAAGACCGGACAUUGGAUCAAAUGUGCACAGUGACUCGACCGGGUCUUGCCCCAAUAGCUGCCGCAACUGCAGUGGAACUUGUAGUUGCUGUGCUGCACUCGCCUCAAGGCAAGUAUGUGACAGCGGACAAGCCCGAGGACGGCCAUGUUCCCAUGGGGUUCAUCCCGCAUCAACUUCGCGGAUUCCUGAACGCGUUUGAGACGAUGGUAAUCACUGGCGAAGCGUUUGACAAGUGCAUUGCGUGCAGUGCCAAAGUGCUGGACGCUUAUGCACUUGAUGGUCCAGAUUUGCUGGAAAAAGCUUGCAACUCUACGGCUUUCCUCGAAGAACUGACGGGGUUAAACCACUUGACGGAGGCUGCUGACCUGCUCAUGGUCGACUUUGAAGACAGUGAUGAAGACGGCGAUAUGAUGUGA